AUGGAGAAGGGAAAGAAGAGAAUGGCUGUUUUAGUAGGGUGCAACUAUCCAAACACCAGAAAUGAGUUACAUGGAUGCAUCAAUGAUGUGCUAGCCAUGAAGGAAAUGCUCGUGAAACGGUUCGGGUUUGAUCUUAGCAAUGUUCAGCUCCUAACUGAUGCAGCAGGGUCCGUGAUUCUGCCCACUGGUGCAAACAUAAAGAAGGCACUUGGUUACAUGAUUGAUCAGGCUGAAGCAGGGGAUGUCCUGUUCUUCCAUUACAGUGGACAUGGAACGAAGAUCCCAUCCGUCAAACCUGGCCAUCCCUUCAGGCAGGAUGAGGCUAUUGUGCCCUGCGAUUUUAAUCUCAUUACUGAUGUGGAUUUCAGGCAAUUAGUGAACCGGCUGCCAAAAGGGGCAAGCUUGACAAUCCUUUCUGAUUCAUGCCAUAGCGGUGGCCUAAUUGACAAAGAGAAGGAGCAAAUAGGGCCUAACGCAACAAUCACAACCAAUAAUGCUACAGUGCCUUCUCACAGCCCUAAGGCCAUCCCAUUUGUGUCCAUACUACAACACCUUACAUCUUUAACAAACAUCAACACAUCUGAUGUUGGUACCCACUUGUUAGAGUGUUUUGGAUCUGAUGCAAGCCUUAAGUUCAGAUUCCCACCACUUGAAUGGGGCCAAUUUGAAUCAAUAAAGCCAGAUGAUGGAAUUUUACUAAGUGGGUGCCAAGCAAAUGAGACUUCCGCUGAUAUGAGCCCAAAUGAGGGUGGAGGAAAAUCCUAUGGAGCAUUUAGCAAUGCAGUGCAAAUGGUAUUGAAGGAACAUUCAGGUCAAUUGAGUUACAGACGGCUAGUUACAAUGGCUAGGGAAGUGUUACAGACACAGAGGUUUGAGCAACAACAUCCUUGCUUGUAUUGCAGCGAUCAGAAUGCUGAUGCCACUUUCUUGUGGCAGCCUGAACGCUAG